AUGUCUGUUCGGAUUUCCUCUGGAUCCAGGAGAAUUUCUUCCCUUGUUACGGGUGAUGGAGGUGUCAAAAUGGGAAGUAUUGGAGGAGGCAGUCUGUAUAACUUUGGUGGGGGAUCUCUGGCAGGGCUAGGCAGUGGCUAUGGAGGGGGUGCAUGCAGUGGCUUUGGUGGAGCUGGCUAUGGUGGAGCUGGCUAUGGUGGAGCUUGUUUUGGUAGUGCCUCUGUGGCAGGUGGGGGUUAUGGAGCAAGCUAUCGCUCUAGUUCUGUUGUCGGCAUGGGUGGUGGCAUGGGGGGUAGCAUGGGGGGUGGCUUUGGUGGGGGUGAGACUGUCCUCUUGGCUGGUGCCGAAAAAGAAACCAUGCAGAACCUCAACAACCGCCUAGCAAACUAUCUGGAAAAGGUCCGUUCUCUGGAGGAGGCCAAUGCUGAGCUUGAGCUUAAAAUCCGUCACUGGUAUGAAAAAAAUGGACCUGGAGCUCCUGGAGUUGUCCGUGAUUACAGCAAAUAUCACCAUAUAAUUGAAGAUCUUCGAAACCAGAUAGUCAAUGUUACAACUGACAAUGCCAAUGUAGUGUUGCAGAUUGACAAUGCCAGGCUUGCUGCUGAUGACUUCCGACUGAAAUUUGAAAACGAGCUCUUCCUUCGCCAGAGUGUUGAAGCAGACAUCAAUGGUCUGCGCAGAGUUCUUGAUGACCUGACCAUGAACAGGUCUGACCUGGAGGCACAGCUUGAAAGCCUCACAGAGGAACUGGCUUAUCUUAAGAAGAAUCAUGAGGAGGAAAUUACCUUACUGAAAAGUAGCUGUACGGGUGAUGUCACUGUGGAAAUGAAUGCCGCCCCAGGAGUAGACCUGACCAAGCUGCUGAAUGACAUGAGAGCUCAAUAUGAAGACCUUGCAGAACAGAAUCGCAGAGAGGCUGAGGAACAGUUCAACAAAAUGAGUCAACCACUGCAGCAGCAGAUCUAUGACGAUGCGGGUGCUGUAAGCUCAGCCAGGAGUGAAUUAACAGAACUGAGACGCUCCAUACAAGCAAUGGAAAUUGAGCUACAAUCCCUUCUAGCUAAGAAAGCCUCUCUGGAAGGUACUGUGACAGAAACUGAAGGGUCGUACAGCACCCAGCUUUCACAAUUACAGCAUCAAGUUAGCAAUCUGGAGGAACAGCUACAGCAGAUCAGGUCUGAGACAGAGUGCCAAAAUUCAGAGUAUCAACAACUACUAGGCAUCAAGACCCGCCUGGAAAUGGAAAUUGAAACAUACAGGCGCCUGCUAGAUGGGGAAAGUCACAUGAAAUAUUCUGCCUCCCUCUCCAUCUCACCAGCAAAGCAAGGCUUUGUCUCCUAUCUGGUGGUUAAAACCAUUGUGGAAGAGAUGGUGGAUGGCAAAGUAGUCUCUUCUCAAGUGAAAUCAGUUGAAGAAAGGGCAGCUAAAUGAGAAGCAUGAAAAACAAAAUAGGGACCCCUUCAACGCAUGGCAGCAAGGGGAAACCCAAGCAGAAGAAACCUCCAGGAACUAAAAUCAAUCACAGCUUAGUAGUUUCUUGAAAUAAGGGAUACAGAAAAGAACACAAUAUGCUUUCUUCCAACUCUACAGAGGUACACUCUUUGAGAGUUACUGAGAAGAACUACAUUCUCUUUACUGCUUCAAUACAAUAAACUUUCUUCCUGUUGCAAAUUG